AUCGCCAGCGCCACACUCUGCUUCAACAAUCAAUAGCCACUCGUUCAUGAUGUUCCUCUUUGCAUUCGCUGUAGCUACGGCAGGCCUGCUACAGCAUGUCCAGGCGCAUGGCGACCAUGCCCAUGAAGCAGCGCCUUCCGUAGACGCCAACGCCGACUGGGCGACAAGGCACAUGGCGGAGGAGCAUCACAUCGCCGACUUCGACGCCGGCUCCUUCUUCAACCUGCACGAUUACGACUCCUCCAACUUCUGGACCAUGGACGACCUACUCAAAACAUAUGGCCUCCGCGACGAAAGCACAAACAACAUCUCGGAAGAUGAUAAACGUCGAGGCGUCCAGCGAGUCAUCGAGAUGUAUGAUCGUGACCUGGACAACCGAAUCUCGUUCGCCGAAUACACUAUUGGAGUUGCGCAAGGCAUCAUUCUUCCCGAUCUAGGCUAUGGUCCUGGUCAUCACGGAGAUGACGAAUACGAGUAUGAAAUUCAUCACUGGGAGAAAUACCAUGACGAGAACACGAAAGAGGAGGAUUUGACGCAUCCGGAGGACAUUGAACAUUUCAGAAAGCAUGAGGAGAUGGAGGCCGCUCAGGAGAGGCAGGAACAGAUGGACCGCAUGCCGAUCAUCGAGUCCAAUAUUCCUGCCAAGUUUCGGAGGAAGGAGUUGUAGGGAACAUGAAAGAGCAGAGAAAUCGGCAGAUGCCCUUGGGGAAGCCAACGCCUGGCUGGAGGAAAAUUUCUCGGGAGCAGGACACUCGUCGUCCAGCAGAGAAGUGACUCAAGGCGAAGAGAAACAGCAUGAGUCGAAGGUGCCAUCUAGGAAUAUGGAUAAGGAUAAGGUAGACACGCCUCGAUUCCAGCGCCAGUGGUACUGGGUUGCCUUGUCCAUCCUCUCCUGGGGAAUCUUCUGGCGCUUUGCAGACGAACAUGGAGAGAAUGUCCUGGCACGCAGCCUUGCAUGGUUCACGGUGCUGGUCGCCGUACUCCUGGCAUCCCUCAUGUGAUUGUUGAGGCUACGAGGCACGAAGGAACCAAGUCUACGAAUGCACGACUUUGCGAUUGUCACGAACAUCAACCGGCUGCAGCCGCACAUUCAGGGCGCUAUUGCGCAACUCCCACAUGUACAGUACAGUAGAAGUGCAGCAGCAUUGUACAGUAGCGUGGUCUUUAGCAUGGGGGUUGCCCAGCUAGCCCAUGCUAGGGCACCGGAUCAACUCGCGAUCUGUAGGACAGUUCCCGAGGUGAUGUAUACAUCGGCUCACUGCCCCCAACACGUCCCC